UUAAGGUUGAGAUUUCGAAUAGUUCGUGCCUCGUGGCGGCCAGUGCCAUUUGGCAUUAUUAUUGAAGUAAUUAGGUUCAAAUUAAGAUGUUUAAUUUUGAAAUAAACAUUAUUGAUUAAUUAUCUUAAUUAGUAAUUCAUGAAUCGUUGAGAAAAUGGGCAUAAAAUAAUUAUUAUUCUCCGAACAUGUAUUUAGAUACUUAUGCAAUCCUACUUGAUAGUUUAAAGUGUUGAUAGCUCAAAUGAUUAAUAACUAAUAAAUAAUCCUAGUUACCAGUUACCUAUUUUUAAAAAAUAUUUAAAAAUGCAUAAUACCAGAUAUUGGACUAGUGUAAAAUUGUUUACAAAAAAUUUUCAUUCUUCCAGCAUCAGAUUUAAAGCUACAGUAAUUGAUGGGAAAAGUAUUGCUAAUACUAUAUUAAAUGAGCUACGCCAAGAGACUCAAGAAUGGAUUUUGAAAGGGAAUCGGGCUCCCAGUUUAGUAGCAGUAUUAGUUGGACAAAACCCAGCUAGUAAAAUUUAUGUGUCAAACAAAAUGAAAGCUGCUAAAGUUGUUGGUAUUGAAACAAAAACGAUGAAGUUCAGUGCAUCAACAAGUGAAAAUGAGCUACUUGCAUGUAUCAAAAGUUUAAAUCAUGAUGAAGAUGUUGAUGGAAUUCUAGUCCAGUUACCACUUCCUGAUCAUAUUACUGAACGAACUUUGUGCAAUGCUGUAGCACCACACAAGGAUGUUGAUGGUUUUAAUAUUGUUAAUAUUGGAAGAUUUUGUUUAGACAUGCAAUGUUUGGGACCAUGUACACCAUUGGGUGUUCAUGAAUUAAUUCGACGAACUGGAAUUCCUACUUUUGGUAAAAAUGCUGUUGUUUGUGGAAGAUCAAAAAAUGUUGGUAUGCCUAUUUCUAUGUUGCUCCAUGCAGAUAAUGCAGGCGAGACAUCAGCAAUGGAUGCAACUACAACAAUAUGCCAUCGAUAUACACCACCAGAUCAACUAGCUUUAUUUACAAAAACAGCUGAUAUUAUUGUUUCAGCAGCAGGUGUUCCAAAUUUAAUUCGUGCUGAUAUGGUUAAACCAGGAGCAGCCAUAAUUGAUGUAGGAAUAACCAGGGUAGAGGACCCGAAAACGUCCAAAUCAUAUCUAGUAGGUGAUGUUGACUAUGAAAAAGUAAAAGAAGUUGCCGGGUACAUAACACCAGUACCCGGAGGAGUUGGUCCAAUGACAGUAGCUAUGUUAAUGCGUAAUACAAUUGCUGCUGCUAAGAAAACUGUGAUUUAUAACAUACUUGAUCCUGGUGCAGUAAUAUACAAACAAGCAUCACAAAUAAAACCAUGAAUGCAAAUCUAGAUAAAAAUAUUUUAUUGAAUAAUAUUACUUAUGUGGUUGUGAUAAUUAAAUAAAAAUACAUUUAAAUAUUAAUUAAAUUAUUUUAUUAGGUA